CUUUCUCUCAAGAUGAGCUCACUAUUUAAACUAGUUAUUGUGGGCGACGGUGGAGUAGGAAAGUCAGCCCUUACUAUUCAGUUGACACAAAACCAUUUUGUGCGUGAAUACGAUCCGACGAUAGAAAACAGCUACCGAAGACAAGUGGAAAUCGAUGGCGAGAGUUGCAUUCUAGAUAUUCUAGAUACUGCUGGACAAGAGGAAUACAGCGCUAUGCGUGACCAACAUAUACGUAUUGGUCAAGGCUUCUUGGUCGUGUACAGCGUCGACUCUCAUCCAUCUUUUGAAAUGAUAACCUCUUGCAUAGAGCAGAUUCUGCGAGUCAAAGAUGAAGAGCGAUAUCCGAUGAUUGUUUUGGGAAAUAAGUGUGACUUAGGAAAUGAACGUGAGGUUUCUAUUCAGGAAGGUAAAGAUCUCGCUAGUCAGUUAAAUGUACCCUUUCUAGAAACAUCUGCCAAGGCAUGCAUCAAUGUCGAAGAAGCCUUUUUCGAGCUUGUGCGAGAAAUUAGAAAAUACAAUGCAUCAAAUAGCGAGGUAAAUAAUCAGAAGCCCAAAUCACGCCGAGGCAGGUGUUCUAUUUUAUAGAAUGUGAAAUGGCUAGAUAUGAAAUGUGGUAAUGAACGGACCAAAAACGGCGCUAAACGAGAGUGCAUCUACAAGCGCAGUAUGUGGCAACCGCUUUAGCGAAACCUUUCUAUCGUACAUGCCCAAUAUAUAUACAUAUAUAUACUAUAUAUUAUACUACAAUUCUAUGCACAAAAAACAACAAAUGAAAAAAAAACAAGCAACCGCUAGCUCUAUUGCUUCUACAAUUUUCGGUGCGAGGACCUUCGAUUGUCUUCUGCGAGAUACUGGUAGAAAGCUUAUAUCACUAGUUUCCGGAUGCGAUGAAGUCUCAUAUAAAAUGAGUAAAAUAUAUAUAUAAUGCUGUACAUAAAAGUAUGUGCUUUUUCUGAAUCCACCGAACUAUCGAAGUACGGCUGGAGUGGGGGUAUGGCACGAUGUGUGUUUGGGAAGCAUCCCUAUCAGUAGCAGAGCAAUAUCUUUGUUCGCAGGGUAGGAGGCAGUCAGAACUAUAAUACAGGACUGGAUGAGAAAGGUUAGCUACGACAACAGAUGCAUGACAACUCAAGACACUCAUUCCAUUUUUAUUUUUAGAGGUUGAAGAUCCGUUCAUUAAUAGAAAAGACGG